ACAUCGUUUGUAUUCCCUUAUGAAGUUUUGCAAGAAGAUUCUGCACAUCCACACCUUGUGGUCCCACGAGAGCCAGCUGCUCCCUGGGAACAACUUCACCAACGAGUGCAACAUCCCAGGUAACUUCAUGUGCAGCAACGGGCGAUGCAUUCCGGGUGCCUGGCAGUGUGACGGGCUGCCUGACUGCUUCGACAAGAGUGACGAGAAGGAAUGCCCCAAAGCGAAAUCAAAAUGUGGCCCAACCUUUUUCCCCUGUGCCAGCGGCAUCCACUGCAUCAUCGGCCGCUUCCGCUGCAAUGGAUUUGAGGACUGUCCUGAUGGCAGCGACGAGGAGAACUGCACAAACCCCCUGCUCUGCUCCACCGCCCGCUACCACUGCAGGAAUGGCCUGUGCAUUGACAAGAGCUUCAUCUGUGAUGGGCAGAAUAACUGUCAAGACAACAGUGAUGAGGAGAGCUGCGAGAGUUCACUAGAACCAGGCAGUGGGCAGGUGUUUGUGACCUCAGAGAACCAGCUCGUGUACUACCCCAGUAUCACAUACGCCAUCAUCGGCAGCUCCGUCAUCUUCGUCCUCGUGGUGGCCCUGUUGGCACUGGUCCUGCAUCAUCAGCGAAAGCGGAACAACCUCAUGACUCUACCUGUGCACCGGUUGCAACAUCCUGUACUGCUCUCUCGCCUGGUGGUUCUGGACCACCCCCACCACUGUAACGUCACCUACAAUGUCAAUAAUGGUGUUCAGUACGUGGCUAGUCAGGCCGAACAAAAUGCCUCAGAAGUAGGCUCUCCACCCUCCUACUCAGAGGCCCUACUGGACCAAAGACCUGCGUGGUAUGACCUUCCUCCACCACCCUAUUCAUCCGACACUGAGUCUCUGAACCAAGCUGACCUGCCUCCUUAUCGCUCACGGUCAGGAAGUGCCUUCAGUGCCAGCUCCCAGGCGGCCAGCAGCCUCCUGAGUGUGGAAGACAGCAGCCACAGCCCAGAGCAGCCUGGCCCUCCAGAGGGCCCUGCUGAGCCCAGAGACUCUGUGCCUAAUGAGGGCACGGAAGAAGUAUAAAACUAAAGCGAUUCCAAAGUCCACAUGGGUAGAUCUGCUCCACUUUGUUGAAAUCUAACAGCCCAUGCUCAUGAGACACUCUGAGCCCCUUUUGAGGAUGUCUCAGGUUGAAGUUUGGGGUGCUGAUUGCCUCUCCAUCACCAUCUCCUCCAGAUUUUGGGGAUGUUCUUUGGAAUGACCUGGCACUCUUCUCCCUUCUUAAUUGACAUGAUGUGUCGUCAUCUUCUCUGUGAGGAUACUGUUCCUUCGGGGCCUACAAUUACAGACUCUUGCUUCAGAUGACUCUGCUACUGUUGGUCCAUCCACUAGGCUUGUGAGUGGGCAGGCAGCAGGACAAAGCCAUAUGUAAGUAGUCUUUGGCAGGGUUCUGGGCCUCAUUGCUCAUUCAGGUCAGAGGACACCAGACCAGGUCUCUUCUGGGCUGCCACCUUCUAGCUACAUUUGAAGGAUUCUGCCAGAAGGCCAUCAUCAAAUGGCCUCUCCAAAAAGUGUCCAGGUGACCAUCAAGUCCCACUUUGUACUGUCUAUGCAUCAUUCUUACUUCAGCAGAGGCCAAAGAAAACUUGUAGCAUGAGCUUUCUGCUCUCAGCACUCUCGUUUGGUUUGUGAGAGACUCAGAAACAAUCUACCUGGCCUUAUAAAUUUGCCCAAGAACCCUCAUCUUAAGAGCUUUCUCUAGAAGUCCAGAUCCUCAUCAUUUUCCUUGAAAAAGUAAGAAACCCUGCCAUUGUUGAAAACCCUCAACUCCUAAUGUGUAGGUUAUGAGAGCCUAGGCCUGCCUUGACCUCAUGGUCCUUUCCUGGCUUGUCCUGGAUUGUCCCCUUCCAAGAUGACCUGGCAUAGCUAAGGAUAAGGACCCAAAUUAAGUUGGCAAAAAUUUUGAGGGAGCCCUUUGCCCCAAGAAAACAGGCCCAGUCUGGUGUGCUCAUAGAGCAGCCUCAUCAAGAGGAAAGCUCUCAUCAGGCUCCUAAGUUCCCUGAACACCUGGGAGUCUGGUUCCCGUGUGCAUUUGGACUAAGGGCACUCAUGUAAGUUCUAACUUACAUGAGAACCACAUCCAGUACCACCUGUAAGAACUCUGAGGUUGCCGUACUGCACACACAACCCCAGGAACAGUGCACCAAGUCAGGGUUAGGGUUAGAGUGAGGGUCAGGCCCAGCCGAACAUCUGGCAGUUUCUCCUCAGAGAGAAGUGGGCAAUGGAUAACUUGGAGUCUAGAUUUCCCGUUGGAUGUUUUAAAGUCUCUUAGAAAUACAUUUGAAACAGUGUGUUUGUUUUUUCCCUUCUAGUUAAGGGACUAUUUAUAUGUGUAUAGGAAUGCUAUCUCUUUGGUUUUGUUUCUCUUUUGGUGAGGUCCAAAGAAAGAUGCAAAAAGAAAUGCUGCCUUUCCCCAGCCCCAUCCCAUAAUAUCACCUCAGACUCACCUACAUGCCCAGCAUUUCCACUGGGGCAUCUUGGAGUCGUUAUUUAUCGAGUUCUUGAAAAAUGCAGAGAGACAAGUAUCCCAUCCGUUGUCUAUAUGUUUAGACUACCUUUCCUCUUUCUUGAUGCCCAGCUAGCCCUAGUGCGUGACACCACCCCCCAUCCCUACCAAACAGGCAAUAGUGGGUAAACCAUACUAACCAGGGACAAAACUGGAACCAGGUGGUACCACCUCAGGCAGCUGUCAUCCAUUCAAAGCAUUUUUCCGCAGCUGAAGAAAUUUUCAAUAACCUGUUCGAUGCUAAUUAAAAUGGAGCCUGCAGGAAGCAGGGAUGAAGUGGCCUUCAAUGAUGCUGUCCUGUUGACUUUCCUUUUUAAAUAAAUCCAAACUAGACUGCUGGAAAGCUA